UGGAAAGAGCUUAUCGGGGCGCAAAAUGAGUAAAUACAAGUGCAGAUGGUGAACAAACAAUGUUGCUAAUGCAUUAGCCGGACAGCUAGCUUCUAUUACGUUAGGUCAGCCAGCUGAGCUAGCGUUAGCAUUAGCAGGGCUCUGUAUGUCGGAUGAUUUAUUAGUUUUUUAUGUUGUGAAUUGUAGUAGACAGUGUUGUCGUCUAAUUUAUCACAACAAAGCAAUUACGAUAUCGGAUUUCUACCAGGAUUGUUUCUAGGAGUACUCCCUGAAGGUAUCAUGGAUCAGGACUAUGAGUGCAGGCUGCUUAGGCAGAUCAACAUCCAGAAUGAGAACGCAAGCCCCAUAAAAGCCGUAGGUGCUGUGCGAGCUCUGACACCCACCAGCUCCCCGCUGUCCUCCCCUAGCAAGCAUGGUGAUCGCUUCAUUCCCUCCCGGGCCGGAGCCAACUGGAGUGUCAAUUUCCACCGCAUCAAUGAAAUUGAAAAGUCGCACAAUCAAAAUAGGAAAACCAAAGAUGGCACGACAGACAGCAACAAAGCGGACGGCCUGGCUUACUCGGCUCUGCUGAAGAACGAGCUGCUAGGAGCGGGUAUUGAAAAAGUCCAGGACCCACAGUCAGAAGACCGCCGUCUGCAGCCAUCUACUCCUGCCAAGAGGAGCCUUUUUAGUUACUCUGUGAGUACUAAGAGGGCUCUGCCAGAAGAGGAUGGAAACACAGUAUCUCCAUAUUCUCUAUCACCUGUCAGUAGCAACAGCCAGAAACUGCUACGGUCGCCAAGGAAACCUACACGCAAAAUAUCCAAAAUUCCUUUCAAAGUUCUGGAUGCUCCAGAGCUACAGGAUGACUUCUACCUCAAUCUAGUGGACUGGUCUUCUCUGAAUGUGCUCAGUGUUGGACUGGGUACCUGUGUCUACCUGUGGAGUGCCUGCACCAGCCAGGUGACACGUUUAUGUGACCUUUCUGUAGAAGGAGAUUCAGUAACAUCAGUGGGCUGGUCAGAGAGGGGUAACCUGGUGGCAGUGGGGACUCAUAAAGGCUAUGUACAGAUCUGGGAUGCAGCAGCAGGGAAGAAGCUGUCUGUACUAGAAGGACACACAGCCAGAGUGGGUGCGUUGGCAUGGAAUGCGGACCAGUUGUCGUCUGGGAGCCGUGAUCGGGUGAUCCUGCAGCGGGACAUCAGAGCCCCGCCUCUCCAGUCUGAGCGCCGUCUCCAAGGACACAGACAGGAAGUUUGUGGGCUCAAGUGGAGCACAGACCACCAGCUGCUAGCCUCUGGUGGAAACGAUAACAAGCUGCUCGUGUGGAACCACUCGAGUGUCCUCCCAGUGCAGCAGUACACAGAGCACUUGGCUGCAGUGAAGGCCAUCGCCUGGUCUCCCCACCAGCACGGCCUGCUGGCCUCUGGGGGCGGCACCGCCGACCGCUGUAUCCGCUUCUGGAACACUUUGACGGGCCAGCCGCUGCAGUGCACCGACACCGGCUCUCAAGUCUGCAACCUGGCCUGGUCCAAGCACACUAACGAACUGGUCAGCACUCACGGUUAUUCCCAGAACCAGAUCCUGGUGUGGAAAUAUCCCUCUUUAACUCAAGUGGCCAAACUUACAGGACAUUCCUACAGAGUACUCUACCUGGCCAUGUCACCUGACGGAGAGGCCAUCGUGACGGGGGCUGGAGAUGAAACACUUCGGUUCUGGAACGUCUUUAGCAAGAUGAGAUCCACUAAAGAAUCAGUUUCAGUGCUGAACCUCUUCACAAGGAUCCGGUAGUAAGCACACCUCUGUACUACGAGGGAAUAAAGCCAGGAAGGGAAUUUAUUUUUGCAUGUAUCAAGCUGUAAAUGGGCCCCUUCUUUGAUUAUUCACUGCAGUAGUCUACAGAGGGCCCCCCUCGUUUGCCCUUAGUUUAUUUAGCCAAGUUGUAGCUGGAGGUGGGAAGAGCAGGAGAGAUGCACAGCCUGAGUGUCGAGGGUAGAGGACAUGCCGACAGUACGUACAGUAUUCCACUUCCUCCUGAAAAAUGAUGGAGCCACUGCCUCUUCCAACAGACCAGAAACAUCUGAUGAGGAGAAUUCGGGGCGUUAUUUCCCCCAUGAUUAUGUUUUGUUUACAGACUGAUUUUGUGCAUACCUGCCAAAUAUUGAGUUUGUCUUUUUGAUUGUCUAUUUAUUUUAUUUAGGUUUUUUUUUUAUUAUUAUUAUUUUUUUUUUUUACAUAUUUUAACACAUAUUAUUACUAGUGUGUUUGUUUUUGGAGGCUGGUAGAUUUUCUUUUAUGUGUGUAACUGCAGUUUUUGGUCUGAUCUGUUAAGUAUGUUUGGCUUUGUUCAGGUUUGCAGAAAAAUCCAUGCUUGUCAUUUUGUAUUUUACUGUAUUUUACACUGAUAAAGAUACUUAAUCCUGUGCCAUUUCAAGAACUGUUAAUGUUUAACAAUGAUUGGACGCACGGGACUAAUCUCCUUUUUUUUAUAGAUGACAUUAAGUUCAUUUUUACUCUAAUUAUAUAAAGCAGCAUUGGCAGACGUUUUACAUAUAACUAUUUGGUGACACUGUGCAUUAGAGCAGCUGCUUACAGAAACAAUUCACAUGGAAAUUAGAAGAUUUUUAAUGAGACUCCUCUUGUUUCCCUACUUUCUUAAAUGGAAAAUCAGGAAAGGCGAAUUAAAACAAAAACACUUUGGUUUAUCAGUGUAUUUUGUAACAGCAACUAAAGUGCACAGUAAAAACAUUUGGGAUUAAACCAGACAGUGUAAUACUGUUCUGUGCUGAGCUUCUGCUUUGUGCUGCGUCUGCUAAGAUAUUCAAGCUUGGGGCACUUGACUUUUGCUACUUCAGACCAUUUCUGUGUUGAUCAGUCAUGCUGUUGCAUUUUUUUUAAUCUAGAAAAAAAAAAAGAUUUCAUAUCAUCUGCAACAUUUUUUCCCAAUUUUCUUUUUCUUUUUUCCGUGUUUGAAUGUUUGAGUCAGCUACUGUGCCACAUUUAAAGAAUGCUAUUUAUUUGUGUUGUGAAAGCUUCUUGUGCAGAGGUGGGGUGUUUGUUUACUAAUGUUAUCUGUGGGAAGCUGAUGAGCAGUUUCAUUGCUAAACUCUGGAAAUUUCUUUUAAUACCACUUCAAAAUCAAGACAAUGCUGCCAACUUGAAUUACCGAAGGAAUGUUGAAAAGAAAAAUAUUUCUGUACUGAGAGAUAAUCAACAAUUAAAUGAUCAUAUCUUGUA